AUGGCGCAGAUUACGAAUAUGUCGAUCACCGAUAAUCCGCACCUGCGGCCGAUCGAGAUUAUGGAGGUGAUUCUCACUCAUUGUGCCCCUGUGCUGUGGCGACACGACAAGGCGAGGCUGAAGAAUGCUCCGGAGUGGGCGGCGAAGCUGCACGCUUUGCUCAACAGCAAGGUGAAGGGAGUCGAUGACAGCAGCUGCCAGCCGCUGGAGCUGAGCGCGAGUCAACGGCCGGUGAUGCCGCAGAAGAGUCAGGAUGGCUUCCUCACUGCCUCGGUGGAUGUGACUGCGUGCCAGGAAAGCGCAAAGGUAAGCCAGCCGCCACAGGCCACACCCACUCCGCCGCCACCGUUAUCGCAGCAGGGCCCUCAAAUCCCUCCUCCUCCUCCCAAGCAUGCCACGGCCGGUGCAGCUCUCCCCCACACGAUCCCGGUAGUGCAGUGCAGCAGUGUCUCCGUUGACGUGACACACCACGCGGCGUGCUCAAAUGCGAGCACCUUUAGCCGAAGCAGCACAUGCAGCAGCACGAGCCGACAACACUAUCCCGAGGUCGGUGCAGGCAACAACCGCGUAUGCAACCCCCACCCUGGGCCACCACCGUCUGUCGCACCCGGCGCAUCGUUCUCGCCCUGCCACAACACCAAGGAGUACUUUGAGGAGUGCGGCUUGCCACUGACAAGCGCGACAACGCACCAUGGCAAGGUGACUGUGGUAAGCGAGAACGACUUGCUACUGAGCGAGCGCAGCAACACGCGUGAGCUCCCCUCCGUGCCCCUGCAGGUGAAGCGUUUGUCAGGCGGCAUCACUAAUGAGCUCUUCCACGUCUACGACGAAGACCACCCAUCCACGUCGGUGGUGGUGCGCGUCUUUGGCAAGGAGACGGAUCGCGUCAUCUCACGCGAGAGCGAGCUCUUCUACCAGUCUCUCUUCAUCCCCACCUAUAUCUGCGGCAGUAACUUCCUCGUGUACGAUUUCUUGGAUGGAUACUACACGUUGCCGUACCAGGAAAUGGCGGCGGAGGCGACACCAAUCGCACGCGCCAUCGCGGUAUUCCAGGUGCGGGCCACACGCGCCGCCCUGCGCGACCACGCUCCUCCUCUGCUGCGAGACUCACAGAACAAGGACUAUUGGAAGGACGUAAACGACCAACUGCUCGCAGAGGAGGGGAGCACGACGAGUAGCCGCAGUACCCACAGGGGUGAGUCCCGCUUUGACCGCGAGUCGAACUACUUGAUAGGCUCGCUGACGAAGUGGGUGGACCUAGUGCUGUCGAAAGAGAUCGUCGACAAGGUGCACGAGGACAGGCGGGGGAGCUUUCUCGAAACGGCACGCAGUCUGCAGUCGGCCUGCGCGUGGAUAGUAUCGAUGCUGAAGCGCCAGGAGACCUUCUUGCCGGAGGGCGUCUGCCACAACGAUCUGCUGAGCGCCAACGUGAUGAUCCACAAGGUGCGCAAGGACGUGCGGGUGAUAGAUUUUGAUUACACAAAGCGCAACUUCCUGCUGUACGAUGUCGCUAAUCACUUUAACGAGUACUCUGGCCUCGACUGCGACUACGACACCUACUUCCCGUCGGAUGCGCACAUGUCCGCCUUCAUUGCCGAGUACCGUCGCGCUAUGCGUGACGCACUCGAGGCGAGCUGGGCGGAGAACUCCAUCCUCACAGCCUCCACAGAUGGCGCUUCUCGAGAGCACGAGAUCUUCCCCAACGCGCGGGAGCUGUUCUGGAGCGACAGCGAAGAAGCGGAGGUAGAGGUGGUGGCGCGCUGGACCCAACUCGCGAAGCUGCUCACCCUGGCUUCGCACCUGUCGUGGAGUGUGUGGUCGCUGCUGCAGGAGGCCGUGUCUGCCCUGGAUGUUGACUUUCUCAACUACGCCCAGGCCCGCUACAACCGCUACCUCGCCGUGCGAGUUGAGUGCUCGGGGAAUCUUUGA